GUUAACCUGCGGGCUGCUUUCAAAGAGCUCCGGAGUUUUGAUCAUAACAAGCGUUAAAGGUGCAACAUGUGUAGAAGGUCGACUUGGAUUCGCGAGCAAUGAAAGACGAUGGCACCUUUUCAUCCAGCCCACGCGCGUAAUUACCACCUUAACGCGCGGGGCCUCCCUGUGUAUAAAUAACACCAGCAGCGCCCACCAGCACACACACGCCCACCGCCACAGACCCGCCGCUCUAACCCUCUUUUGCUGCUUUAACGCUCUGACUCGACUCUGAGGGGAAGCCUGUGCGCCCUGUAGCUGAGAUCCGGCCAUGUGGACGCUCCUCUGUGCGCUGCUCCUGGCGGUGAGCUCGGUGGUCAGCAGCUUGGACUCCAACAUCAUCCGCUCCUCCAGAGAAAUAAUGGACACUCCGCAGACAGCGCCGCCCUCACAGAGAGACACGGUGGAUGUGAGCGCCCAUAACAUCAUGAGACGGAGGCAGGAAAAGCAAGGCGGGGUGGACUGCUCCCUCGAACAGCUGAAGGAGUGCAGAGGCUCUAAGAAGAGGCAGUGUCAGGGUGGUAAGAUCAGGCCGUCAGUGGAGGACGCCUGCAGAGGAAAAGUGCCCGAGAUGGGAGUGUGUCUGCGGUCCCGCGACUGCGAGGACGGCUUGUGCUGCGCUCAGUAUCUGACCGGACGACGGUGUCAGCGCAUCCCCAAGGAAGGAGAGGUCUGCUUUUUGAGGGGCCGACACAAAACCCGGCGGAAUCUGGACCGCUGCGACUGCGGGGCGGGCCUGCGCUGCCGACCACAGACGUCCAGCCUGCGGGGGCAGGGGGUCUGCCACAUCUAGCCUUUUCACAUCAGAGAACAUUUAGAAACCUACCAGUUCUUCCCAGUUGCGUUUUCAGCUAGAGUCCAGAAUGAAAGGGGCUUAUGGAGCUCAUUUCAAGCAAAAAAGUAUUUAUAAAGAAUUAAACGGAUUCUGUUCUGUUCCCAACAUCAAUAUUUGAUCCAGUGUGUUUACACGCGCUGAACAAUCUGACUGCAGUACACGGCAGAAGAUCAGAUUUUGUCAGUGAUCUGACCGACGUGUUUACAUCCACUUGAGUAAUCAGGUAGUGGGGAAUCUCCAGGUUUACAUGAGUCAGACAGUAAUCAGAUUCCUGCUUUGCAACCAGCCAAUAAACUCACAGAA